CGUGAGCAGCUAAGAAAGAGCAACAAGUUCAUAAAAGGAGAAACAACGUGUCAUUGUUCCCGCAACAACAGAAAGACGCAGCAGCGCAGACAAAGAUGGACAGUGUGCUGGACCCUUUCUCCGGACUCGACUCUUUCUCGUCCCCUCCUUAUUUCGACGAUGACGACUUUUUCACCGACCAGUCCUCCAAAGACGGACACUUGGACACAGAUGACUUUUUGGAUGACGAUGUGGACUUCCUCACCACUCAUUUCCAAGACUAUUACAGCAAAGACGGCGGCAGCAGAGUAGCUCCUCACGAUGGAGACUACGAUAUGGGAAACUUGUCCUUCUCCUCCUCGUCCUCCACCUUCUCGUAUGGCUGCGCCGACAGCACCCCGGACCUGUCCCCUCACGGCGGGCCCUUCCUGAAGCGCAGGAGGCGGAUGAGAUCUGAGAUGGAGAUGCAGCAACUGAGGCAGGCGGCCAACGUCAGGGAGCGGCGGAGGAUGCAGUCCAUCAAUGACGCGUUCGAGGGGCUCCGUUCCCACAUCCCGACCUUGCCCUACGAGAAAAGACUCUCCAAGGUGGACACUCUGCGGCUCGCCAUAGGCUACAUUAACUUCCUCGCCGAGCUCGUGCAGUCUGAUCUGCCCAUUAGAAACUCCAGUUGCGAGACGCACACGCAGCCGAAGAAAGUCAUUAUCUGUCACAGAGGAACAAGAUCUCCGUCUCCCAGCGACCCGGACUACGGCUUGCCUCCUCUGGCAGGUCACUCUCUGUCCUGGUCGGAUGAAAAGCAACUCCGGGAGCAGAACAUCAUCCGUACCGCCAAGAUCUGGACACCAGAAGACCCCCGAAAACUGCACAACAAACCAGGCCUCACAGACAUUGAAAACGAGCCUCCUUUCGGCCUUGUGACCUAAACAGAAACACCAGAGUCGUCCUGACUCGUCCUGUAAGACGCACAUUAUAAAUGUGAAGACCGUUGAGUGGAUUAAGUUAAUACUCUUAAUGUGCACUCGAAGGCGCAUUAUAAACACAUGAGCACCAUGUGAGUUUACUGUACACUUUCCGAUAUUGUAUUCAAUGUUGUACAUAGUUUUAUCACGUUGAUAAUUUUAUUUUUGUAAUUCAGUCAACUGGCAAUCAUGUAUUUAUUUUAUUUUAUUUUAUUUUACAAGUGAUAAUAUAUGUUUUAAUUUAAUUGCAAUGAAUGUGAGGAAAAAGUAUAUUGUUGUACAAUGAUUUAUAUUUAUUUUUACUCUGCAAA